AUGUCGCGGCCGAGGGGGCGCAGCCGGGAGGCGGCCGAGGGUCCCUCCCCGGGGUGGCUGAUGCAGCCCGGCAGCUCCGAGGAGGAGAACCUGUACAAGGCGGUCCUGCGCGCCUCCGAGGGCAAGAAAGCCACCUCCCAGCUGGGUCCACGUCUCAAUCCCUCCGGUUUGUCUUUGCCUCCACAGGCCCAGCGCCACGUGAAUGACCUCUACGAGGACCUGCGAGAUGGACACAACCUGAUCUCACUGCUGGAAGUGCUCUCGGGGGACACUCUGAAGCAGCUGGAGGGGGACGUCUCCUCGACCGCCUCCAUGUCAGCCGCCUGUGCCGAUACAAAAACAGGCGGUGCUCCCACUGGUGGUGUCCAGGAAGAGGAAUGGCAGCCGACCUUCGGGACGCUCAGAGGGGAUCUGCGGAGGUUGAGCGCCAUCUCGGUGGCCUCCUGGGUUAAGGAGGAUGAAGGCCCCCGGGAGAAGGGACGGAUGCGCUUCCACAAGCUGCAAAAUGUGCAGAUCGCCCUGGACUACCUGAAGCACCGGCAGGUGAAACUGGUCAACAUCCGGAAUGAUGAUAUCGCUGAUGGCAACCCCAAGCUGACGCUGGGCCUCAUCUGGACCAUCAUCCUCCACUUUCAGAUCUCGGACAUCCAGGUGACUGGCCAGUCAGAGGACAUGACGGCCAAAGAGAAGCUGCUGCUGUGGUCGCAGCGCAUGGUGGAGGGGUACCAGGGCUUGCGCUGCGACAACUUCACCUCCAGCUGGCGCGACGGCCGUCUCUUCAACGCCGUCAUCCACAGGCACAAGCCAAUGCUGAUUGACAUGAACAAAGUCUACCAUCAGAGCAACGUGCAGAACCUGGAGCAGGCCUUCUCGGUGGCGGAACACGACCUGGGCGUGACGCGGCUCCUGGACCCGGAAGACGUGGAUGUGCCCCAGCCGGAUGAGAAGUCCAUCAUCACCUACGUGUCCUCCCUCUACGACGCCAUGCCGCGAGUGCCGGACGUGCCAGAUGGGAUCAAAGCCAAUGAGCUGCAGCUCCGCUGGCAGGAAUACUACGGCGUGGUCAGCCUGCUUCUGCAAUGGAUACAGCACCACACGGUGACCUUUGAGGAGAGGAAGUUCCCUGCCAGCUACGAGGAGAUCGAGAUCCUGUGGCACCAGUUCCUGAAGUUCAAAGAGAUGGAGCUGCCCGCCAAAGAGGCUGACAAGAGCCGCUCCAAGGUGAUCUUCCAGUCCCUGGAGGCUGCUGUGCAAAGUGGGCAACUGAAGAUCCCUCCGGGCUACCACCCGCUGGACGUGGAGAAGGAGUGGGGCAGGCUGCACGUGGCCAUCCUGGAGAGGGAGAAGCUGCUGCGCUCGGAGUUUGAGAGGUUGGAACGGCUACAGCGCAUCGUCAGCAAACUCCAGAUGGAGUCCGGCCUCUGCGAGGAGCAGCUCAACCAGGCGGACACCCUGCUGCAGUCGGACAUCCGCCUGCUGAAUGCAGGUAAGGCGUCCCAGCACUUGGCGGAGAUUGAGCGGGACCUGGACAAGGCCGAGGCCAUGAUCCGCUUGCUCUUCAACGAUGUGCAAGCCCUCAAGGAUGGGCGCCACCCCCAGGGCGAGCAGAUGUAUCGCAGGGUUUACCGCUUGCACGAGCGCCUUGUGGCCAUCCGCACCGAGUACAACUUGCGCCUGAAAUCUGGGACGGUCCAAGUGUCCAUGCCAGUCACGCAGCACCUGCGGCCGGAGUUGGACGAUGUCACCCUGCGCUACCUGCAAGAUCUGCUGGCCUGGGUGGAAGAGAACCAGGCCCGUCUCAAUGCAGCCGAAUGGGGUGUGGACCUGCCCACGGUGGAGUCACAGCUCGGCAGCCACCGGGGACUGCACCGCUCCAUCGAGGAGUUCCGCCCCAAGAUUGAGCGAGCCCGGGCAGACGAGGCCCAGCUCUCUCCUGGUCCACAGACCUCAUACCGGGACUACCUUGGCAAGCUGGACGUGCAGUACGAGAAGCUGCUGAGCUCCUCCAAGGCCCGACUGCGGCAACUGGAGAGCCUCCAGGCAUUCGUGGCUGCGGCCACCAAAGAGCUGAUGUGGCUGAAUGAGAAGGAGGAGGAGGAGGUGAACUACGACUGGAGCGAGCGCAACAGCAACAUGGCUGCAAAGAAGGAGAGCUACUCGGGCCUGAUGAGAGACCUGGAGCUGCGGGAGCGGCGGGUCAAGGAGAUCCAGAGCACGGGCGACCGGCUGCUGCGGGAGGAUCACCCAGCCAGGCAGACGGUGGAGGCCUUCCAGGCGGCCCUGCAGACUCAGUGGAGCUGGCUCCUGCAACUCUGCUGCUGCAUCGAGGCUCACCUGAAGGAGAACAGCAGCUACUUCCAGUUCUUUUCUGACGUAAAGGAAGCGGAGGAGUUUCUGCGCAAGACUCAGGAGGCGAUGAAGAAGAAGUUCACCUGCGACCGCUCCAUCACAGUGACUCGCUUAGAGGACCUGCUGCAGGACGCCCUGGAGGAGAAAGACCACCUGACCCAGUACCAGAGCCACCUGGCUGGGCUGGCCAACCGGGCCAAGACCAUUGUCCAGCUGAAGCCCCGCAGCGCAAGCCCCCCACUUAGGGGACGGCUGCCCCUCCAGGCCGUCUGCGACUACAAGCAAGUGGAGAUCACCAUGCGUAAGGGGGACCCCUGCACCCUCCUCAGCAACGCCCAGCCCUACAAGUGGAAGGUCUUGAACGCAGCCGGCAAGGAGUCCCUCGCCCCCUCCAUCUGUUUCCUGAUCCCCCCACCCAACAAGGAGGCCCUGGAGGCCUUCCGGACGAUGCCCCCCGAGGAUUACCGGCAGACGCUGCGCAGCUUGGAGACUCACUACCAGGACUUCCUGCGCGACAGCCAGGACUCCCAGAACUUCCAUCCGGACGACCGGCUGCAGGUGGAGCGCGAUUACACCAUCUGCACCCAGAAGUACGAGAUGCUGCUGCGUGCGCUGGAGAAAGGUCAGGCCUCUCCCCGGGGCCCCCUGGGUGGCCUUGGCAGCCCGUCCUUGCUCCCCUCUGGACGGAGGUGCAGCCAGCGGCGCUGCCGGUGUCCGUUAACCCCAGGCUUGGUUUGUGGGGUGACAGGGGAACAGGAGGAGUCGCUGUGCAGGAACUUCAUCUCCCAGCUGAAGGACAUCCGCCUGCAGCUGGAAGGCUGCGAAUCCCGCACCAUCCACAAAAUCCGCUCUCCGCUUGACCAAGACCCCGUAAAGGAAUGUGCGCAGCGCAUCAGCGACCAGCAGGAGAUCCACCUGGAGCUGGAAAACCUCCAGAAGAACCUGGGCAAAGUGAGUGCCCAGACAGAGCAGGUCCUGGCUCAGCCAGAGCAGGCCGGUUCGGCCCCCCUGCUGCACUCCGAACUGGAUAUCACGCUGCAGAAGAUGGGCCAGGUGUACAGCCUCUCCAGCAUUUUCUUGGAGAACACAGGGCCUUUGCGGUUGAAGACCAUCAACCUGGUCAUCCGUAGCACCCAAGGGGCCGAGGGGCUGGUCCAGGGCUACGAGGAGCAGCUCAAAGAUGUCCAAACUGUGCCGUCUGACCUCAAGGCUGUUGAGGCCACCAAGGCAGAGCUCAAGGUGACCGGCCGGACCCACACCUGCCAGGGGGAGAGACCUUUGGGCCGCCUGUGGCUCGCAAGGGCUCGUGCCACCCUGACCCCCCACUCUCCCAACAUUUCUGUCCUGCAGAGGCUGCGUGGGCAGGUCGAGGGGCACCAGCCGGUCUUCAGUGCCCUGGAAGCGGACCUGGCCACGGCCAGCGAGGUGAAUGAGCGGAUGGUGAGAGGCCACAGCGAGAGGGAUCUGGACUUGGACCGCUACCGGGAUCGUGUGCAGCAGCUCCUCGACCGCUGGCAGGCUAUCCUGGCCCAGAUUGACCUGCGGCAGCGGGAACUGGACCAGCUGGGACGCCAGCUGCGCUACUACCGCAAUAGCUACAGCUGGCUGAUGGAAUGGAUCCAGGAUGCCCGCCAGCGCCAGGAGGGCCUCCAGGCCGUGCCCAUCACCAGCAGCCAGCAGGUGCGGGAGCAGCUGCUGCAAGAGAAGAAACUCCUGGAAGAGUGUGAGCAGAACCGGGAGAAGGUGGAGGAGAGCCACCGCUUGGCCAAACAGUACAUCGAUGCCAUCAAGGACUAUGAGCUUCAGCUGGUCACCUACAAAGCCCAGGUGGAGCCCGUCUCGUCUCCUGCCAAGAAGCCCAAAGUCCAGUCUGCCUCGGACAGCAUCAUCCAGGAGUAUGUUGACCUGAGGACUCGAUAUAGCGAGCUGACCACACUGACCAGCCAGUAUAUCAGGUUCAUUACAGAGACUCUUCGGCGGCUGGAGGAAGAGGAGAAAGCAGCGGAGCAGCUGAAGGAGGCAGAGAGGAAGCGCUUGGCGGAGGUGGAGGCCCAGCUGCAGAAGCAGAGGCAGCUGGCCGAGGCCCACGCCAAGGCCAAGGCUCAGGCUGAGGAGGAGGCCAAGGAGUUGCAGCAGCGCAUGCAGGAGGAGGUCAGCCGGCGGCAGCUAGCAGCUGUGGACGCCGAGCAGCAGAAGCAGAACAUCCAGGAGGAGCUGCUGCAAAUGAAGCUCAGCUCCGACAGGCAGAUCUUGACCAAGCAGAAGCUGAUCGAGGAGGUGGAGAUCAGCCGCAGGAAGGUGGAAGAGGAGAUCCAUAUCAUUCGCUUGCAGCUGGAAGCCACGCAGAAACAGAAGGCCGGGGCGGAAGGGGAGCUGCAGGCUCUCAGGGCCCGGGCGGAGGAAGCUGAGCUCCAGAAGAAAGCCGCCCAGGAGGAGGCUGAGCGCCUGCGCAGGCAGGUCAAGGACGAGGCCCAAAAGAAGCGAGAGGCAGAGGAGCAGCUACAGGAGAAGGUGCAGGCGGAGCAGCGAGCAGCGCAGGAGAAGCAGAAGGCCAUGAAAGACCUGCAGCAGCUCCGUGCACAGGCCGAGGAGGCUGAGCGCCGGAUGAAGCAGGCGGAGCUGGAGAAAGAACGGCAGAUCCAGGUUGCGCGGGAGGUAGCCCAGAAGAGUGCUGAGGCAGACAUGCAUAGCCGGCGCCUCUCCUUUGCCGAGAAGACAGCCCAGAUGGAGCUGACCCUGAAGCAGGAGCAUGUCACCCUCACCUACCUGCAGGAGGAGGCCGAGCGCCUGAGGACACAGCAGUUGGAAGCUGAGCGGGCCAAGGAGGAGGCCGAGAAGGAGCUGGAAAAAUGGCAGCAGAAGGCCAAUGAGGCACUCCGGCUGCGGCUGCAAGCAGAGGAGGUGGCACACAAGAAGUCCCUGGCCCAGGAGGAGGCAGAGAAGCAGAAGGAGGAUGCCGAGCGUGAAGCCCGGAAACGGACCAAGGCAGAGGAGUCGGCCCUGCGCCAGAAGGAGCUGGCUGAGGAGGAGCUGGAGAAGCAGCGCAGGCUGGCCGAAGGCACAGCCCAGCAGAAGUUCCUAGCUGAGCAGGAACUGAUCCGCCUGAAGUCAGAGAUGGAGAACGGGGAGCAGCAGCGGCUGCUGCUGGAAGAAGAGCUCUUCCGCCUCAAGAGUGAGGUCAGUGAGGCCGUCCAGAAGCGUAAGGAGCUGGAGGAGGAGCUGGCCAAACUGCGGGCUGAAAUGGAGCUUCUGCUGAAAAGCAAGGCCAGGACCGAGGCGGAGUCACUCUCCGCUAGCGAGAAGACCAAGCAGAUCUUGGAGGAUGAAGCCUCUAAGCUGCGGGAGCUGGCAGAGGAGGCGGGCCGCCUGCGCAUCCUCUCUGAGGAAGCCAAGAGGCAACGGCAGCUGGCCGAGGAGGAGGCUGUUCGGCAGAGAGCAGAGGCUGAGCGGAUCCUCAAAGAGAAACUGGCGGCCAUCAAUGAGGCGUCACGCCUCAAGGCAGAAGCGGAAAUUUCCCUGAAGGAGAAGGAGGCUGAGAACGAGCGCCUGAGGCGGCUAGCAGAGGACGAGGCUUACCAGCGGAGGGUCCUGGAAGAACAGGCAGCCCAGCACAAGCACAACAUAGAGGAGAAGAUUGCGCAGCUGAAGAAGUCCUCCGAGAGUGAGCUAGAGAGGCAGAAGACCGUCGUCAACGAAACCCUAAGGCAGCGGCGCAUCAUUGAGGAGGAAAUUCGCAUCCUCAAGAUCAACUUUGAGAAAGCCUCCGUGGGCAAGACAGACCUGGAACUGGAGCUCAGCAAGAUCAGACAGAGCGCAGAGGAGAUUCAGCGGAGCAAAGAGCUAGCGGAACAAGAGGGUGAGAAGCUGCGCCAGGUGGCCCUGGAAGAGGAGAACCGCCGCAAAGAGGCUGAAGCGAAACUCCAGAAGACCCUGGCUGCUGAGCAGGAAGCUGCCAGACAGCGCAAAGCCGCUCUAGAAGAGGUAGAGCGCCUGAAGGCCAAGGUGGAGGAAGCCAAGAAGCAGAAGGAGUUGGCGGAAAGCCAGUCGAAGAAACAGAUCCUGCUGGCCCAGGAGGCGGCCCAGAAGAAGAUCGCUGCUGAAGAGGCUGCUCACCUGGCCGCCGUGCACCAGAAGGAGAAGGAGUUGCUGCAGACCAGACAGCAGGAGCAGUCCAUCCUGGACAGGCUGAAGGAGGAGGCCGAGAAAGCCAAGAGAGCAGCCGAGGAAGCAGAAUUUGCCCGCCUCAAGGCAGAGCAAGAGGCCACCUUGUCCCGGCAGCUGGUGGAUGAGGCUGAGCGCAUGAAGCAACGAGCUGAGGAGGAGGCCCAAGUCAAAGCCAGGGCCCAGGAGGAUGCGGAGAAGCUCCGCAAGGAGGCAGAGCUGGAGGCAGCCAGGCGAGCCCAGGCGGAACAGGCAGCCCUCAAGCAGAAGCAGGCGGCCGACAUGGAGAUGGAGAAGCACAAAAAGUUUGCAGAGAAGACAUUGCGGCAAAAGGCCCAGGUGGAGCAGGAGCUGACCAAGGUCAAGCUGCAACUGGAGGAGACAGACCAUCAGAAGAGCCUUUUGGAGGAGGAGCAGCAGCGGCUGAAGGAGGAGGUGACCGAAGCCAUGAAGCAGAAGGUCCAAGCGGAGGAGGAGCUGUUCAAGGUGAAGGUUCAAAUGGAGGAGCUGAUCAAGUUGAAAAUCCGCAUCGAGGAGGAGAACAAGUUGCUCAUCAUGAAGGACAAGGACAACAUGCAGAAGAUCCUCACUGAGGAAGCCGAGAAGAUGAAGCAGGUGGCAGAGGAAGCUGCCCGGUUGAGCGUGGAAGCCCAGGAGGCCGCCCGCAUGCGCAAGCUGGCAGAGGAGGAUCUGGCCCAGCAGCGGGCGCUGGCAGAAAAGAUCCUGAGAGAAAAGAUGCAGGCCAUCCAGGAAGCCACCCAGCUGAAGGCCGAGGCCGAGGUGCUGCAGAAGCAGAAGGACCUGGCUCAGGAGCACGCCCGGAAACUGCAGGAGGACAAGGAGCAGAUCCGGCUGCAGCUGGAGGAGGAGACGGAGGGCUUCCAGAAGACACUGGAGGCCGAACGCAAGCGGCAGUUGCAGAUCACUGCUGAGGCCGAGCGGCUAAAGCUGCAAGUCACGGAGCUGAGCCUGUCCCAGGCGAAGGCGGAGGAAGAGGCCAGGCGGUUCAGGAAGCAGGCUGAGGAGAUCAGCGGGAAGCUGCACCAGAUGGAGCUGUCCACUCAAGAGAAGGUGACCCUGGUGCAGACCCUGGAGAUCCAGAGGCAGCAAAGCGACCAAGACGCCAACAGGCUGAGAAAGGCUAUAGCUGAGAUGGAGAUGGAGAAAGAGAAGCUGAAGCGGGAAGCCCAGCUGCUGCAGCAGAAGGCAGAAGAGAUGCAGACUGCACAGAAGGAGCAGCUCCGCCAGGAGACGCAGUUGCUUCAGCAGACCUUCCUGUCAGAGAAGGACGUCCUCCUGCAAAAGGAGAGAUUUGUGGAGGAGGAAAAGGCCAAGCUGGAGAACCUCUUCCAGGAGGAGGUCAAGAAAGCUCAAAGCCUGAAGGCUGAGCAGGAACAUCAGCAGAAGCAGAUGGAGCAGGAGAAGGAGCAGCUGGAAGCCACCCUCAGGGAUGCCCGGGAGAAGCAGGCUGAAGCGGAGAAGAGUGUCCGUCGCAAGCAGGAGGAGCUCCAGCAGUUGGAGAAGCAGCGUCAGCAGCAGGAGAAGCUUCUAGCUGAGGAAAACCAAAAGCUCCGGGAGAAACUGAGGCAGCUGCAGGAGGAGCAACAGGCUGCUCUUGCUCAGACCCGAGAAAUCAUGAUCCAGACUGAUGACUUUCCUCAGGAGGUGGCCGUGUCCACAGUAACGGCUCUGCCUAACGGCCAAGACAUGCUUGACGGUGUCUCUCAAAAUGGUGAACCCGAGUUGGCAUUCGAUGGCAUCCGACAGAAGGUUCCUGCCAAGAAACUGGCAGAGGCUGGCAUCCUGAGCCCAGAAACCUGGGAGAACCUGGUGCACGGGAGAGUGUCUGUGCAGGAGCUGUCCCAGAUGCAGGAGAUCAGGAAGUACCUGCAAGGCAGCAGCAGUAGCAUCGCGGGGCUCCUGAUCAAGCCCACCAAUGAGAAGAUGAGCAUCUACCAGGCCAUGAAGCAGCAGAUCCUCAGCCCGGGCACUGCCCUCAUCCUGCUGGAAGCACAGGCCGCUUCCGGCUUCAUGAUAGACCCCCUGAGGAACAAGAGGAUCUCUGUCAGUGAGGCAGUAAAGGAAGGCGUGGUUGGACCUGAGCUGCACAAUAAGUUGCUAUCUGCUGAGAGGGCGGUGACUGGAUACAAGGAUCCCUACACAGGUGAAAAGAUCUCCCUCUUCCAGGCAAUGACUAAAGACCUCAUCGUUAAGGACCAUGGGAUUCGGCUCCUGGAGGCCCAGAUUGCCACCGGCGGCAUCAUCGACCCUGUCAACAGCCACCGCCUACCUGUGGACAUCGCAUUCAAGCGAGGCUAUUUUGAUCAGGAGAUGCAACAGGUCCUCUCGGACCCCACAGAUGACACCAAGGGCUUCUUUGACCCCAAUACCCAGGAGAACCUGACUUACCUGCAGCUGAUGGAAAGGUGCGUGACUGAUCCCGAGACCGGGCUAAUCUUCCUGCCACUGACAGACAAAGCAGCCAGAGGACAGGAGCUGGUCUGUACCGAUCAGGAGGCCAAGGACGUGUUCAGGAAAGCCACCGUCUCUCCUCCCUUUGGCAGAUUCCAGGGAAAGACCGUCACCAUCUGGGAGAUCAUCAACUCCGAGUAUUUCACUGAGGAGCAGAAGCGGGAGCUCCUGUGCCAGUACAAGACUGGAAAGAUCACUGUGGAGAAGAUAAUUAAGAUCAUAAUUACAGUUGUCGAAGAGAGUGAGAAGAAAAGCCAACUCUGCUUUGAAGGACUCCGGGCAGCAGUACCGGCAGCUGAGUUGCUGGAGAGCAAAAUCCUCAACAAAGAACUCUACGAUCAGCUGCACCAAGGGAAGAAGACCGUGAAGGAGGUAGCCAAUAUGGAUGCCAUAAAAAGGUACCUGGAAGGUACUGGCACCAUUGCGGGCAUCUUGGUAGAGUCAACGGGUCAAAAGUUACUUCUUGCAGAUGCAAUGAAAAGAAACCUGCUGAAACCCGAGGCGGCCCUGAUCCUUCUGGAAGCCCAGGCUGGAACCGGGCAUGUCAUUGACCCCGUGAGGAAUGAGAAGCUUCCUGUGGAUGAAGCAGUCCGAGCAGGAAUAGUGGGCCCUGAGCUUCACGAGAAGCUGCUCUCUGCAGAGAGGGCUGUAAUCGGCUAUAAGGAUCCCUACAUGGGGCAGGUAGUCUCCGUUUUCCAAGCGCUGAAGAAAGAUCUCAUUCCUAAGGACACGGGGCUCCGGAUCCUAGAUGCUCAGCUUGCCACUGGAGGCAUCAUUGAUCCUGUGCACAGCCAUCGCCUCCCUCUUGAAGUUGCCUGCCAACAGGGCUAUUUCAGCAAAGAAAUGAACAAGGCCUUGUCUGAUCCGGCUGACGAGGUCAAGCUGUACUAUGACCCCAAUGCCCAAGAAAACCUCACUUACGCUCAGCUGCUGGACAGGUGCCAAGUGGAUAAGCAGACAGGCCUCCAUCUGCUCUGCCUUUCAGAUGAGGCCAUACGGCGUCAUCAGGAGGAGCUCUACUCAGACAGUGCCCUCAAAGAAUCCUUUGAUAAGGCCACCGUUGAAGUGCCCGCUGGCAGCCAAAAGGGCAAGACAGUGACGGUCUGGGAGCUGAUCCACUCAGAAUAUCUGACUGAAGAGCAGAGAAGAGAGCUGAUACGGCAGUUCAAGACUGGCAAAGUCACAAUUGAGAAGGUCAUUAAGAUAAUUAUCACAAUAGUUGAAGAGAGCGAGGCCAAAAAACAAGAAAAAUUGACCUUCAGUGGCCUGCGAGCACCAGUGCCUGCUAGUGAACUGCUUGAGUCCAAGGUCAUCAGCAAGCAGCAGUACGAACAGCUCAAGUCAGGAAAGAAGGCAGUGAAGGACAUCACCGAAGUGGAUGCGGUGAAGAGAUACCUGAAAGGGAGUGGCUGCAUUGCCGGGAUCUAUAUCGAAAAAAGCAAGGAGAAGCUGAACAUUUACCAGGCGCUGAGGAAGAAUCUGCUCCUGCCCAGCACAGCAAUUGUCCUCCUGGAGGCCCAGGCAGCCACCGGGUUUAUGGUGGACUCAGUAAGGAACCAGAGGUUGCACGUCAAUGAAGCGGUGAAAGCUGGCCUUGUGGGACCAGAGCUACAUGAAAAGUUGCUCUCUGCUGAGAAGGCCGUCACUGGCUACAGAGACCCCUAUUCUGGGAAUACCAUCUCCCUCUUUGAGGCUAUGAAAAAGGGGCUGAUUGUCCGGGAGCAUGCUGUCCGCCUGCUGGAGGCCCAGAUUGCCACAGGGGGCAUUAUAGAUCCCGUGCACAGCCACCGUGUCCCUGUGGAGGUGGCCUACAAGCGAGGCUACUUCGAUGAAGAGAUCAACCAGACUCUCUCCAAUCCAUCAGAUGAUACCCGGGGCUUCAUUGACCCCAACACCCAGGAGAAUCUUACCUACUUGCAGCUGAAAGAGAGAUGCUUUGAGGAUCCCGAGACGGGCCUUUGUCUCCUACCUUUGAAGCAGCCUGAACGGCCAGCAGUGGUGGAGAGAACUCAAGUGUACACUGAGGCAGAAACCAAGAAGAUGUUUGAAGAAACCCAAAUUGACAUUCCAACAGGAGAGCUUGCUGGCUCCUCCAUGUCCCUCUGGGAAAUUAUGAACUCUAAUCUGCUCCCUGAAGAGCAACGUAAAAAAUUGAUGGAAGAGUUCCGUUUAGGUAACCUGACGAAGGAACGCAUGAUCAUCAUCAUCAUUGAGAUUAUAGAAAAAACCGAGAUUGUCCACCAGCAAGACGUCACCUCCUAUGACUACAUUAGACGCCGCAUCACUGCCGAAGACCUCUACGAGGCCAGGAUAAUCUCUCUGGAGGUAUUUAAUGCGUUGAAGCAGGGCUCCAAGACCAUCCGGGAGAUUCUAGAGAUAGAGACCACCUGGAAAUACCUCUAUGGGACCGGCUGUAUUGCUGGCAUCCACAUUCCCUCCAGCAAGCAGAAGCUCAGCAUCUACCAGGCCCUCAAAAAGGGACUGAUUAGCCCUGAAGUUGCUCGGUCCUUGCUGGAAGCCCAGGCUGCCACCGGCUUCAUUAUUGAUCCUAUGAAGAACGACAGACUUACGGUAGAUGAGGCAGUGAGAAAAGGGGUGGUGGGCCCAGAAAUGCACGAUCGACUUCUAUCUGCCGAAAGAGCUGUGACAGGCUAUCGAGAUCCUUACAGCGAGCAGAAAAUCUCUCUCUUCCAAGCCAUGAAGAAGGACCUCAUCCCAUCUGAAGAAGCCCUCAGAUUGCUAGAUGCCCAGUUGGCCACAGGAGGGAUUAUAGACCCAUACCUGGGCUUUCACUUGCCCUUAGAGAUUGCCUACCAACGUGGCUACUUCAACCGGGAGACCUUUGACAGACUUUCUGAGCCCAGUGAGAUCCGCAGCUACAUAGACCCCUCCACAGAUGAAAAGCUCAGCUACGCUCAGAUCCUCAAACGGUGUAAGAAGGAUGAGAACACAGGCUGCCUCCUGCUAUCCCUCUGUGACACUCGGAAGCUGACUUUCAGGGGGCUGAGGAAGCAAAUCACAGUGGAGGAGUUGGUACGAUCCAAAGUCAUGGACGAAGCCACUGCCCAGCGACUCCAGGAAGGCCUAACCUCAGUGGAGGAAGUCUCUAAAAAGUUGCAGCAGUUCUUAGAGGGCACCAGCUGUAUUGCUGGAGUCUACAUGGACUCAACUAAGGAAAGGCUGUCUGUAUAUCAAGCCAUGAAGAAAGGCAUUCUCCGGCCAGGGACAGCUUUUGAGCUUCUGGAGGCCCAGGCGGCCACCGGCUAUGUCAUUGACCCCAUCAAGGGUCUCAAGCUGACCGUGGAGGAGGCAGUGCGCAUGGGCAUUGUAGGCCCCGAGUUCAAAGACAAGUUGCUCUCAGCCGAGCGGGCAGUGAUAGGUUACAAGGACCCUUACUCGGGCAAGAUAAUAUCCCUUUUCCAAGCCAUGAAGAAAGGGCUGAUCCUGAAAGAUCAUGGGAUCCGUUUGCUAGAAGCUCAAAUUGCUACAGGAGGCAUUAUUGAUCCCGAGGAGAGCCACCGCUUGCCGGUUGAAGUGGCGUACAAGAGAGGCCUUUUUGAUGAGGAAAUGAAUGAAAUCCUGCUGGACCCAAGUGAUGACACCAAGGGCUUCUUUGAUCCGAACACCGAGGAAAACCUGACUUACCUGCAGCUGAUGGAAAGGUGCAUCACGGACCCCGAGACUGGGCUGUGCCUGCUGCCGCUGAAAGAGAAGAAGCGGGAGAGGAAGACCUCCUCCAAGUCCUCUGUCCGCAAGCGCCGGGUGGUGAUCGUGGACCCCGAGACCGGGAAGGAAAUGUCUGUGUAUGAAGCCUACCGCAAAGGCCUCAUUGACCACCAGACAUACCUGGAGCUCUCGGAACAAGAAUGUGAAUGGGAGGAAAUCACCAUCUCCUCCUCUGAUGGGGUGGUCAAGUCCAUGAUCAUUGACCGGAGAUCAGGACGGCAGUACGACAUAGAUGAUGCCCUGGCCAAAGGCCUGAUCGAUCAGUCCGCCCUGGACCAAUAUCGCUCAGGGACCUUGUCCAUUACGGAGUUUGCAGACAUGUUGUCUGGCAAUGUAAGUGGAUUCCGAUCCAGGUCUUCCUCUGUGGGCUCCUCCUCUUCCUAUUCCGUAAGUCCUGCUCAUGCCAGACCCCAGCUGACCUCUUGGAGCGAUCCCGACGAAGAGACUGGCCCAAUUGCUGGCAUCUUGGACACAGAUACUCUGGAAAAAGUAUCCAUUACGGAAGCCAUGCGCCGCAACCUGGUGGAUAACAUUACAGGCCAGAGGCUGCUGGAGGCCCAGGCCUGCACAGGUGGGAUCAUUGACCCGGGUUCAGGGGAGAGGUUCCCUGUUGCCGAUGCUGUUAAUAAGAGCCUGGUGGACAAGAUCAUGGUAGACAGAAUCAACCUUGCUCAAAAGGCUUUCUACGGCUUUGAGGAUCCAAGGACCAAGACCAAGAUGUCUGCUGCCCAAGCCUUAAAGAAGGGCUGGCUGUACUAUGAGGCUGGCCAGCGGUUCCUGGAAGUCCAGUACCUGACCGGUGGGCUGAUUGAGCCGGAGGUGCCUGGACGGGUCUCGCUUGAUGAGGCCUUGCAGAAGAACACCAUCGAUGCACGCACCGCCCAGAAACUUCGGGAUGUCAACACUUACUCCAAGUACUUGACCUGUCCCAAAACCAAGCUGAAGAUCUCCUACAAGGAUGCCAUGGACAGGAGCAUGACUGAAGAAGGGACAGGCCUCCAUCUUCUGGAAGCCUCCUCACAAUCCAGCAAAGGCUAUUACAGCCCUUACAACGUCAGCGGCUCUGGUUCCACCUCCGGCUCCCGGUCAGGUUCACGAACAGGGUCCAGAUCAGGCUCCAGGCGAGGAAGUUUUGAUGCCACCGGCUCCGGCUUCUCCGUCUCCUUCUCUUCCUCCUCCUACAGUUCCUCAAGUUAUGGCCGCAGAUACGCACCAGGCCCCAGCAGCAGCAGCAGCAGCGGUGCAGAUGCAGCUGACCUCCGUGGCACCCUGGCCUAUCCAGAGGGGAGCUGUGGGUCGAAAGGAAAUUGUCCCCCUCUUGAACUGCCCGGGAAACAGCUGCCUGUGGCCUAA